AUGAGGACGAUCAAAGAGUUUUUCUUGAGGCACUACUACUCUCUUUGGCUGUCACCAUCACUAUCACCACCGUCACACAUGAAUUCUAACGACGUAAAAAAUCAUAGAAACAGCGACGUCACCACAAAACAAAUAAAGAUCAACAAAGAGGAGGGAAGAGGCGAGUCAUCAUCGAUUUCCUCGUUCUUAUGCGAAAUCUGCAUUGACACUAAAACCGAAGUAGAAAAUUUCUCUAUAACCGGUUGUAGCCACUCAUAUUGUACGGAUUGCGUGGUAAAGUACAUUGGUUCUAAGCUUGAUGACAACGUGAUUAAUAUCUGGUGUCCGACUCCUCGGUGUGGUGGUUUCUUGGAACUCGACGGUUGCCGCGAGGUUCUACCAAAGAUGGUUUUCGAUCGAUGGGAUAAGUUAUUGUGUGAAGUUGCUGUUGUUGAGAAUGAGAGCGAGAGAUUCAUGUAUUGCCCCUUCAAGGACUGCUCUGCCCUUAUGAUCGUCGACGAUGAUUCACCGACGGAAUCAGAAUGCCCUAGCUGUAAUAGGCAGAUCUGCGUCACGUGCGAGGCAGUUUGGCAUCAUGGGAGCACGUGCGAGGAAUUUGGGAGGACAUAUAAUGAAUAUAGAGUAGUGAUGGAGGUGUGGACAUUUGUUCUGUUACGGCUGUAG